GGAACAAAACACUUUAACGCCCAAUUUAUUGAAAACAUAGCCGUAAAUGCCUAUUGCCGAGAUGUCCGUUUUCAGUUAUCAGUUCUUUUAUUUAUUCAAUUUAUUUAUGUUAAAUUGGGAGUCAUUAUAUUGCUAAUAUAUCCGGAACGGUCUGACGAGCUCAUCCAUCAUUCACUUGUCGCCCAUUCGUAUCUGUCCCACAUCUUCCACACUCCAUUUACGGCGAUGUCAACGCAUCUGGAUAAAUUCAGCAGUAUUGCCUCGUUGUUAACUGCUGGAUUAGUUUUUUGUAUUGCCUUAUCCAGUUCUCUGACCGCCACAUCCGAAAGGCCUAAUAUCAUCAUUAUAAUGGCCGAUGAUCUCGGUUUCGACGACGUAAGUUUCCGCGGCUCCAACAACUUCCUCACACCCAACAUCGAUGCUCUGGCAUAUAGCGGAGUGAUCCUGAACAAUCUCUAUGCCGCCCCCAUGUGCACGCCCAGUCGGGCUGCUCUUUUGACUGGCAAAUACCCCAUUAAUACAGGUAUGCAACAUUAUGUGAUCGUAAACGAUCAGCCUUGGAGUCUUCCGCUGAACGAGACGACCAUGGCAGAGGUUUUCCGGGGAAAUGGCUAUCGGACUAGUCUCCUGGGAAAGUGGCACUUGGGAAUGUCGCAGCGCAAUUUUACACCCACUCAACGAGGAUUCGAUCGCCACUUGGGCUACCUUGGAGCAUAUGUGGAUUAUUACAGCCAGACUUAUGAACAAACGAACAAAGGCUACAAUGGCCACGAUUUUCGCGACAAUCUGAAGGCCACCCACGAGCAGGUGGGUCAAUAUGUCACCGAUGUCCUCACCGAUGCCGCUGUCCAGGAGAUCGAGGAUCAGGGAUCGAAAAACAAUAGCCAGCCACUAUUUUUGCUUCUGAGUCACCUUGCUCCCCACGCGGCAAAUGAUGAUAGUCCAAUGCAGGCACCUGAAGAUGAGUUGGCCCAAUUUGGAUAUAUUCGAAAUGAGACCCAUCGUUAUUAUGCGGCGAUGGUGUCGCGAAUGGACAAGAGUGUGGGAAAGGUUAUAGACGCCCUUGCCAGGCAGGAAAUGCUCCAAAACAGCAUCGUGCUCUUCCUAUCUGAUAAUGGUGGGCCAACUCAGGGACAGCACUCAACCACCGCCUCCAACUAUCCAUUAAGAGGGCAAAAGAAUUCCCCAUGGGAGGGCGGCCUGCGAUCCUCGGCGGCCAUUUGGAGCACUGAGUUCGAGCGCCUGGGCAGCGUGUGGAAACAGCAGAUCUACAUUGGCGACCUGCUGCCCACGUUGGCGGCUGCAGCUGGAAUAUCUCCGGAUCCGGCGCUCCACCUGGAUGGCUUGAACCUCUGGUCGGCCCUCAAGUACGGAUACGAGUCGGUGGAGCGUGAGAUUGUCCACGUGAUCGAUGAGGAUGUGGCGGAGCCCCAUCUGUCCUAUACGCGUGGCAAGUGGAAGGUAAUCAGCGGCACCACCAGUGGCGGCAUUUACGACGGCUGGCUGGGUCGAAGGGAGACCAGUGAGGAGGAUCCCCGUUCCGGGGACUACGAGGAUCUCAUCCGGAACACUAGUGUUUGGCAGCAGUUACAGCUGGUUUCCGCCGGGGAGCGCAACAUCAGCGAGCUGAGGGAUCAGGCCAGGAUCGAGUGCCCGGAACCUGCGACUGGCAUCAAGCCCUGUUUGCCCCUCCAGGCACCCUGUCUCUUCGACAUCGAGGCAGAUCCCUGUGAGCAGAGCAACCUGUAUGAGGAGUAUCGAAAUACGACUAUCUAUCUGGAUCUCUGGCAGCGUAUCCAGCAGUUUGCCAAGGAGGCCCAUCCUCCUAACAAUAAGCCAUCGGAUCCGGAUUGCAACCCCCGGUUCUAUCAUGAUGAGUGGACCUGGUGGCAGGACGAACAGGCCUCCAGUUCGGGGACCACGGGGCGGAUGAAAAUCGUUACCUUUUUUCUUGGAUUCGUCUUGACAAGUCGGUGGUUUCUCUAAAUUUGAGAUAAGCAAUCAAUACCAACAAUUAAACUCCUAAGUUUUAUCCUAUACUGUAAUACUAAUAUGCUAGUUCAAAAUAAUCAUAUGUUGAUAUAAACAGUGGUUUUUUCUAGACAACUCAUUGUGAAUCGAGAGUUUGGAGCAAACCAAUUUAGAUAAUUUAUAGCUUUAGUUUGACCAAACCGUAAACGUAUCUGAGUAAUGUCUUUACAGCACCAGUGUCAAAUAGGCUAUCCCCUUUCUUAUCUUAUCGAUCACUUCUGUGAAAGCUGAUAAUUGCAAAACCCCCUUUAAAUCAAUCGAAUAAUCAACGGAAGAGAUCUUUGUCAAUCAAAUGGGUUUACAAAGUAUUUAACGGAAAUAUAAUAUAAUUUGAGGGUUUAAUUAAUUGUAUGAUACUGAAGGUUAGUGUAGUAUAAAUUCCUGUGAAAACACGAUAAGAUCUUUGGUUUGAGAUUUGUGUUGGUAAACAAUAUUCGCUAGCAGAUUUUAUUGUUAUCAAAUGAAAAUUAGUUAGAGAUUUUGUUAAUUUUUUUGUACCAAUAGAAAAAUGUUGAUAAACACUGUCAAAUUAUAUUGAUUGUCUUAUUUAUAUUUAGUUAUGAAAUAAUCUAUUAAAGAUUAUUUAAUGUUGUUUAAAUAAACUGCUAAAAUCUUUUAUUAAA